ACACCACAAUGAAUGACUAGGAAGACAAACAAUUUCAAAAUACCUAAUAAAUUAAACAAACUCUAAAAACACAUUCAAAUGAUUGAGACUGGUAGAGGAUUUUGAGUCCGAAACCGCCCAACCCAACCGUUCAACCUGACCCGUUGUCAAACCCUACCAAUACUGACACUUAUUACAUUCAAGUGAUUCAUUUCCAAUUUUUUUUAUCUUGAAAUAAUUCAUUUCAAAGCAAAGCAUAAAAGAACUUCUAGUAUGAGAUACUUUUCCCAAAACUCACAACAAGUAUUCUUAGUCUUUCAACUUUAGUGUCUCCUCUCUCUCACUCUCUCUCUUUCCAAUGGUUUCUAACAAAAAGGUUACUGCAUUACUACUUGUAAUCUUAGCUGGUCUAGCCAGCUCAGAUUUAACAAAAGACAGAAAAGACUGUGCUGACAAACUUGUUACUCUUGCUAGUUGUCUUCCAUAUGUUGGUGGUGAUGCCAAUACUCCCACUAUAGAUUGUUGCACCUCCCUUAAAGUAGUCCUUGACAAGACCAAAAAAUGCAUCUGCAUCCUCAUCAAAGAUCGCAACGACCCCAAACUCGGCUUCACUUUGAAUGCAACUCUCGCUGUUCAGCUUCCAAGUGCUUGUCACAUACCAUCUAAUAUAUCUCAAUGUGUAGAUCUUUUGCAUUUGUCACCAAAAUCACCUGAAGCUCAGGUGUUUGAAGGACUUGGAAAUUCUACCAAAAUAAACAGUUCAACACCAGGUUCUGUUGAGAAGGGAUCAAGUGCUGAGGAAAAGAGUGGUGCUGGAUUGGGAAAGAGGUGGAUGGUGGCAGAGAUGGUUUGUGCUAUUUUACCAUUUGUUUUCAUAUCUCAGUUCUUCAUCCUAGCUUGAACCAUGAUCAACAUUUAGAAAGGGCUUAUUACUUGGAUUGGAUAUAUAUUAAUAUUGGUUUUGUUUGAUGUAUGAA